CGGCGCGCGUUGCUGGUUGCCUGGCGUGACGCAAGCCCAUUAGGGGGCUAUUUAUAAACCAGGCGCGCUUAAACUUAAAAACCCCGAAAACCCUGCGGGCCGCCACCAAGCUGCUUACCUGACGGGGCGUCCGGGGGGCGGCAAAGCACUGCUGCACGUUGCCCAUCGCGCACCAAAGGGCGGAAGAGCGACCGGCCGAUGCGCCUGAUUUGCGUCUGGGUGACACCGCGCCCGACCCAUUGACCGCGAUGUCGUCACCGCAUCGCGCCAAGGCUAUUUCAAAUAAUUGCUGCUGAGCCCUCAGGCAGCCAUGUUGGGGCCAGCUGGCAACCGUGCAGGUUGUCAUGGUAACGCUGUCACCCACCACUCACAACAGUGGAGCCCCUGCCAGUGCUAGUGGAAUGAAUUUGGCCUCGUUGUGGUGGUGGUUGGCGUGGUGGCUGCGCCCCCUGGUCAAAUGGGUGCUGCGCAGGACCACGGGGCUGUGCGAGCUGCAGCGCAUUUGCUAUGGCGAGGUGAGUGGGGCGCCCCGUGUCAAGGGGGUGGAGCGUUCGCUGGCGAGCUCGCGCCACCCCCAGCUGCGCCAGUUGGUCGCCCAUUUGGACGACGUGGCCGCCCGCCGCUGCUUCACCGGCGCCAACGAGCGCCAGCUCCUGCAACGCGCCGUCAGUGCCGUGCUGGUGGCGAAGCGCAUCAACCCCACCGUGCACUGUGGGUUUGUGGCGGCGUUCGGCAAGUGCGUGGAGCAGAUUUGGGGCUACCGCCAGUUGGCGGCUGAAGUGGAGCUGUUGCGGCAGACCCCGUUCGAUAGCGCUGACGCGUCGCAUGAGCGCCGCUUGYUGGACCUGUGGCGCAGCCUGCGCCCCGACGAGCCCCUGCAAGGGCGCAUCAGCAAGCAGUGGCAGGACAUCGGGUUCCAGGGCGACGACCCCAAAACCGACUUCCGCGGCAUGGGGUUGUUGGGGCUGGAGAACCUGCUGUUCUUUGCCAGCGAGCAUCGCGCCCCCGCCCACCACGUACUCGCCCACUCGAUGCACGCCACCGCCGGCUAUUGCUUCGCCAUCGUGGGCAUCAACAUCACCCACAUGGCCUGGAGCAUGCUGCGCGACGGCAGCGCGCAGACCUACUUCUACAACACGUCGAGAAGCCUGCCCACCUUGCGCCUCUUUCACUGCUUCUACAGCUAUCUGUUCUAUGAGUUCGACCGAUUCUGGGCGGAGGCGAAGCCCACCAAUAUCAUGGAGUUUUCCACGGUCAAAGGGCAGUUUGAGCGGCGCGUGCGCGUCGCCCUCUCGGACCCGCGGACGCAGUUCCGGGUCACGCUGGCGGUCCACCAUGUGUAGCUGUGGCCAAUGUGGCGAAUGCGCCCCAAGCGAAAUAAAGCCGUUGCGGCCGCGAUUUAA